AUGAGCAAAUCAGCUUCUAACGAAUACCGGAUUUCGAUUGAUAAAGAAAUUUCAUACUUCGAUGACAAAAAUCCACAACAUGGAAAGAAAAUAAACAUAGUUGUUUUAUCACCAAAUAUGAAAUAUGUUGCAACUGCGAGUUAUAAUGCUCGUUCAGUUUGCGUGUGGAAGUUUACGGAAGGAGAGCACGAGCACAGAUUAACAUUAUCUCAUUUCUUUGACCUUAGAGAAACGGCUUUAUACGCUCCAAUUUGCGUCUCAGAUUUCAACAAAAUUCUUAUAGGGACCGUUAAGAAGGGUGCUCACGUCCUUGAAACUAGAGAUUGUAAUAAAGAAAAAGAAAAUAUAAAAAAAUUAUCAAAUCAUGGAUGUUGUGGAGAAAAUUGUGGGUUUAUUACAAAUGGAGAUUUUGCAAUUGUUGAAGGAUAUCUUGAUUAUCAUGUCCACAUCUUUUCUAUUGUCAGAAAUGAGUGGCACUGCACGGGUACCAUUAAACUCGUUGAAUUUAGACAUGCCGUUAUUUCUCGGGAUAGAGUGUUGAUUCUCUUAGAUGUACCUUUUGUAAUCUUGCAAUGGAAUCUGUUAGAACGAAAGUUUGAGACACAAUACGAAUUAGAUUGGAGUUUGGCCGAGUAUCGAAAAGGUAUUUUGAUGGAACUAAACAGUGACCAGAAUAUACUUGGAGUAGCUGGACGUUUAAAUACAAAGCAGAAUGAAGAUUCGAAUACAAAGUUGGAUGAGGAUUCGAAUGCAAAGCAGGAUGAAAAUUCAAGAGUAUAUUUUUAUUCGAUAGAAUCUGGCAAAAUCAUAGGAAGACAAUCGUUUAAUGAAAAGUUUUACGAAAAAAAAAAGAUUAUAAAAAUUAAUCAAAAGUCUGGUAGAAAACAGGAGAAGACGUCUUAUGCUAUUACUCCACCUAUUCCUUCUGUACCUAAUUCAACAUCUUCGCUCAACCUCUGUUCCUUGCUGAAUUCUCCGUCAGAAUCAGAAAAGUCAGGAGAAUUACAUAUAUCGGCUGAAAUUGAUUUUAUUCUACAAUAUCAUAACGACCAGUCAUUUAAAGAUCAAUUAAACAAUGAACUUAGAAAAUAUAAAGACGACUUUGAAGAGAAGUGGAUAGAUAACCCUCGUGAUGAAAAUGGAGUCGAUUCGCAACGAGAAGAUAUAAAAAAACAUAUAGACGACAUUUUAAAAAAAUAUAAACCAAACCAAACCGAGCAAUUUUUAGCCGAGCAAUCGCCAACCCAACGAUCGUUAACCCAGGAAUCGUUAGCCCCGGAGUCGUUAUUCGACUGCGACGAAAGCGAGAAUAGGAAAAGUAGAUACCUAUUUACGCGUGACAAAAGAAGAAGAAAUUAA